GGGAUACUAAGAGACACAGAGAACUUGGAGUUAAAAGCCAGAUCUCUCAGGUUCAAGUUCUCAGUCCUGCCAUUUCCUUACUGUUUCACCAAAUUGUUUAAUAUCUGUGCGCUCCAGGUUCACCUUCAGGGGAGUAGAUACAACUCCUCCCCGCUUGAUUUUAAUAUGGACUGCAUGAAAAGUGCUUUGCCUGAUUACCCAGAUGUUGGAUGUCCCUAAGUAAUGUUUCCCUCUUGGCUGGGCCACCCACAGGUUCCAGCCUGGAGUGAUGUCUCAGGGCAACCAAACCAGCCUGCCUACAUUCCUCCUCCUGGGGUUCUCCGACCUCGGGCUCCUGCAGGGACCCCUGUUCUGGGUAGUGCUUCUGAUCUACCUGGUCACCUUGCUGGGCAAUUCCCUGAUCAUCCUCCUCACGCGGGCCAGUCCUGCUCUACGCUCGCCCAUGUACUUCUUUCUGUGCCACCUCUCGGUGGUGGAGCUCCUCUACACCACAGACAUCGCGCCCAGGACUCUGGUGGAUCUUGCUUCCCAGGGGCCCCGGACCAUCUCCUUUUGGGGCUGCGCGACCCAGAUGUACGUCUUCAUAGUCCUGGGCAUCGCCGAGUGCUGCCUGCUCACAGCCAUGGCCUAUGACCGCUACGCCGCCAUCUGCCGGCCCCUGCAUUACGCCACCCUCAUGAGCCAACGGGCCUGUGUGGCCAUGGUGGGCACCUCCUGGCUCAUGGGCCUCGUCACGGCCACCACCCACUCCUCCCUCAUCUUCACCCUGCCUUUCCCCAGGCACCCGAUCAUCCCACACUUCCUCUGUGACAUCCUGCCGGUACUGAGGUUGGCGAGUGCUGGCAAGCACAGGAGUGAGAUCUCUGUGAUGACAGCCACCGUGGUCUUCAUCAUGGUCCCCUUCUCACUCAUAGUCACCUCGUACGCCCGCAUCCUGAGAGCCAUCCUGGCGAUGGCCUCCACCCACAGCCGCCGCAAAGUCUUCUCCACCUGCUCCUCCCACCUGCUUGUGGUCUCGCUCUUCUUCGGGUCGGCCAGCAUCACCUACAUCCGACCCCGGGCAGGCUCCUCGGCGACCACAGACCGCGUGCUCAGCCUCUUCUACACAGUGGUCACGCCCAUGCUCAACCCGGUCAUCUACACCCUCCGCAACAAGGAGGUGGCAGCGGCCCUGCGGCAGGUGGUGAUGAGGCCGACGCCCUCGCCCUGA